AUGGCCCCUCCGAAGGAUGCCUCAAUGCAACUCCCCAAUUACCUCUGGAGUGAAUACACGAAGCCGGAAAGGAAAGAGAAAGUUCCUACCUUAACAGAUCCUUUCGUUCGUUCUGGAGCACUACCACGAUCUCCUCCACAACUAGAAGAGCAAGAACCACCAUCCUUAUCCGACGAAGACCCUGAUGAUUCCGAAUUACCAGGACCACAUCCCUUACCUCAAUAUUCUGCUACGGAAGCUUCCCAGCCCAUCCCCUCAGAUGCCUCAAUGCAACUCGAGCUACGCAAUCAGAUAUUGGAGCUCCAAAACGAAUUACGUCCACGAGAUGAAGCGGACCGAUUACGAAUAGCAAAAGGACCAUUUCCACCAAUCGUUCCUCCCGAAGAAACAGGACCACGCGCUAGGAAACACAGCCCCUUCCACCCCACUCCCGCGAGUGCAGGGCACGACCCGGAUUACCCCGAGAACCAGGCCCUUCCCUCAAUUGAAAAAACGCCUGCACCCGAUCCCCGCCGCCCCAUAUCAAUUCCCUUGUUAUCAAAACGGAAAGUUGAUUUCUCCGGUGGUCCAGGAAGAGAGACCCCCCAGGUUCAAGCUGUACGACAACAAUCAUUGCUAAAUCCCCCUGCCUCAUAUUAUCCAGAGAGACGCAUUCCCAAUCUUUCAUCUAAACUCUCGGAUGGGAAGGCUCCUAAUAUCCGUAUACGUGCUUGGGAGAAGAUGAUCCUAGGCCACCUUCUCGAUUACCACCAUGAUUUCCGAUCAGAGAACGCACGCCGUACAUGGGUAUUCAAUCAGACCGAAGAUCGAGCCAUGACCCUGCUCGAAGGUAUUUACUUGGAUGAUGAUUACGAUGCAUAUGCACUAGUGGAUCAUGUCGUCGCUAUCCUUACAGACCCCGCUGAGGUUGCUACCGCCAAUAUUGAAUACAACGCUUUGCGUAUGUCUUCAAAAGAACACUUUUGGGAGUUCUAUAGUAGAUUUCGAGAUGUUGCUACUCGUGCCGCCAUUACUGACGAUGAACGAUUGAAGAACGAUCUCUUUGAUAAGACCCAAUAUCGUUUAGUACACGACAACAAACAAGAAUUCCAUCAAGCACGCACAGUCGGAGAAUAUGCUAGAGCCCUGCAGAACUCUGAUAUCGCACAACAACGACUUGAUGCCCGGCCCAAUUAUCAGAGGGCCAAAGCCCCAACUCUUGGCACUCAGAACCCUGGAACCACACUCCGCUCCGAUCAACAACAAUCCAGAACCUCCGGAUUUGUCCGUUCGCCUCCUGCUUCAUCGGCCGCCCGAGGAAAUAUCCCUCCGAAUGCUGUCCUGCCUAAGCACGGCACAUUCAACACCCCUAAUAUCCAAUCCAAUCGACAACCUUCUGCCUCUCGCGAGACCAAUGUAGUAAGCUUCAACGAAGUCGAUGAGGUCGCCCUUCUCGAUGCCCAUGAGGACUAUAGUGAGAAAUAUGAAGAUGCAUUGGAUACAUUCACAAGCUCCGAGGAAGAUCUCCCUCGAUCAAAAAAAGGUCAACCAUAA